AUGCCGCGUCCAAAACGUACAAAAGUUAAUCGUUCUGCGCCUGCACCUGCCAAACGCGUCACAGAUUCAACGGAACCAGUCGCGACAGAGCCUGUACUGGCGGCAGCACCGGCGACGCUUCCUUUCAAUGAUUUAUAUGAUGUUAGCGAUGAUGACCGUAAUAGAUCCGCGAGCGCUAAGAAGUCAAUCAAGGGAAAGGCCGUUGCAACACGAACUAGUGGUCGUAAUACCGCGAGCGAUAUCGAGGAUACAAACCCUAGAAAAGCUGCGAAUACUGCAAAUCAGAAGAAUGCGCCGAAUGUAGAAUCGGAUGGUGAUCCUAUGCGAGUAUCUAGUAGUCCCGAGAUUGAGGCAAGGAGAAGAGGUAGACGCACAUCGGCCAUGGACAAUUCUGUGCUUGCGAUUGGAAACUUUCGAAGAAGGGCACGAGAGCCGAGUAUUUUAGGACAGCAAGGCUCGCGAGCUCGAUCGAGCAGUAUAGAUUCGGACUUGGCAGAGGAAAACGGUCUUACAAGUGUUGGCAAGAGUAAUACAUCUGGGCUGGGAUUAGGAACAUUUAGAGGACGCGCCGGAUCUAGGAGACCAAGUAGCGUGGCCGGGGAUAGACCAGAAAUUGGAUCAGUGUUGCGCCUCGGUAACUUCAAAAGAAGAGCUCGGGAACCUAGUAUAUUGGGAACGGCGCGAAAGCCAGAGCAAGCAAGACCUACCUUUGAUUCGGAUUCAGAUUCGGAUGAUUUUGCGCCGGAAGAUGAAUCAACACCUUUAAACUUUACCAAGGGAAGAGCUGUACCUUCAUCUUCGAGUUCAAGAAAGCGAAAACUAUCCAACGUACAAGUUCCACGUUCACAAGGGGCUUCGCAAGCACAGCAGAGCCCUUCCAAAUUGCCUGUGAACGACUCGGAUCCUGAAGAUACUGUACCUGCGACUGCGCCAAUGGAGAGUGAUGAAGAGGGAGAGAAUAGUUUACCGGAACUAGACAGAGAGCCUUCACCGAAUGAUUCGCCAUUACCAUCAAUUGAACGCAUCACAACACCUGAGCCCAUGAGUGAAACCAUGGCACCUCCACGUGGUAGCAGUUCUUCUCUCUCGCCUGCUCAAUCUUUACCAUCACCUCCACCCCCUCCUCAACUUACUUUAAAUCUACAUCAAGCAAGCGGCCGACCUCGACGUAUUAUACAACCUCGGACUCCACCACAUGUCGCAAAUUCAGAACUGCAAUCCUCUCCUAUAUCUUCUCCACCCUCACUCACACAUUCUCCCGACAUACCAACACGGUCCAUCUCCAAACGGCCUACACGUAAGGUCGCGCCUCAGCCUGCAACCUUAUCUACCGCAGCUUUACAAGCUCUACUUCCAAGACGCCGUCAACGCCAUCGAUCCGCUUUAGAUGUGGAAUCCGAUGGUGAAGUAGAUGUUACUGGCCUUGGUGAACAUGAUGACGAACUAACCAUAACCGUCGCACCAACUACUCGUCAUCAAGCAUCUGUUCGAUCUAAUCCCAAAGCAUCUGCCCCACCUUCAAAACAUUCCCAAAAAGCCAAACCUACCGCAAAAGGCAAAGGAAAAAGAACUUAUGGAAGGAAACCGGCGACUACAACAUCGGAUAAGGAAAAUGAAGCUGAUCAAGAUGGUAGUUUGGCACCUGUCCAAGAUACAACAUCACCUGAAGAGCCUCGAAGUGAAAAUAGUUCGGAAUUAGAAAAGAGAGUAGGAAAGGAAUUGAAGAAAGCGGCGAGGAAAUUCCAAGAAGUUGAUAAAUGGGAGUUGGAUUUUGAGGAAUGUGAAGCAAGCAGUGAUCAACUUGCCCGGUAG